AUGGACGGAAAAUUUCAUGUGGGGGGAACAAGUAUUAUCGAGCAACUUCAUGAUCUCCUGAGUCUUGAGAAUCUGCAUUUGCACUAUGCGUACUUCAAGUCUCUAGAUGCAGGUGGAAUCCCUGCAAAGAUUACAACUACACUAAUCCACCUUAAAGUUGUUAAGCUAGAAUAUUUAUGCUUUGAAGAGGUGAAUGAGAUUGCUGUUCUUCUGUGUUUACUGAGAAGCUCUCCCAACUUAGAAGAGUUAGAAAUUCUGGUAUACAAGGUUGACGAGUACGCUGAAAGUCAAGCUUCAAAUUUUCUGGAUGUGCAGGAAUAUUCUCAACUGACUUUAAAUCAACUUCGGCAAGUGAAGCUGCAAAGCAUUUCUGGAACAAGAUCUGAGAUGGAAAUCAUUAAGCUUUUACUGAAAAAGUCCUCAAUUCUGGAGAAAAUGUUGAUCAAGCAAGCCCCCAUGAAAGAAAACAUCAAAAACAAAGUAACAGAAAUUGGGAUCUUGAAACAAGUGACAAGGUUUCACAGGCCUUCACCUAGAGCAGCAGUCAUAUAUGAAGAUCCAAUCAUUAGUUAA